UCGCCAAUUCGAUUACGGUGCACGUGCUGUUCGUGCAGCUGGCGAGAGAUUGGCCGGGACUGAUGCGCGACUGGCACGCCAUGGAGAUGGCGAUGGGAAGCUACGGGUGGCCGCGACGUAUGAACCUGAGGAUUAAAGCAAUGACCGUGACGAUCCUGUCCAUCGCAACAAUUGAACACGUCUUGUCAGUGGUCGGCCACUUCAUCACCGCCGACCAGCUGAGGACCGGCGACCAAGACAUUUUCGAGUACUUCUUCGUAGUCAUCGCGUUUCCUCAAGUCUUCGCCAUAAUCAGUUACUCCGUAUGGUUCGGUUUUCUAAUGCAGGUGAUCACAUUCGCGUCGGCCUUUUCCUGGACCUACAUAGAUCUCUUCAUAUCCGUAAUGGGCGCGGGACUCGCCCAACGCUUCCAGCAGGUGGCUGUGAGGGUCGAAUUGUAUCUGGACCAGAAGGUAUCCAACCAAACACUGUGGAAGGAAGUAAGGGAGGACUACGUUCGACUCUGCAUACUUUGCAGGACGCUGAACGAACGCUUAUCCGGCUUAAUCCUGCUCUCGUUCUGCAGCAACUUGUUCUACGUACUCGUCCAACUGUUCCACAGUCUGAACCGUAUAGAGGGGGCAGUUGAGAAGAUCUACUUCUUCUUCUCGUUCGGCUUUUUAGCUUGCCGCACGGUUUGCGUUUGUCUAUACGGAGCGUGGAUCGGCGAGGAGAGCAAGAGACCAUUACUCAGCCUAAAUUCCGUCUCGCCCAAUAUUUACAGUGUAGAGAUCAGAAGAUUCAUCUUGCACAUCAGCUUUAACCCCCCGUCCUUGUCCGGCAAAGGCUUCUUUGUCAUUACGCGUAGUUUACUUUUAAGCAUAGCCGGAGCGAUUAUGACGUACGAAUUGGUUUUGAUGCAGACCUUUGUGGCGUCGAAAAUGAAGAAUUGAUUCGAUUGUGC